AUGUUCGCUCCCACGUCCAGCACAUCCGCAACCGCCCGCGUCCGCCUCACGCAGCUCGCCCAACAGAUCACCAGGAAACCUAGCGGCAACUUGACGAUUGGCAAGACUCCGCUCCUGACCUCCGCCAGAAUGGUCGCUAGCAGCUCGUCUUCCACAUCCUGGCUGAGGGGCACAGCACAGGAAAGCGUGGACGCAGCAAUUCGAGACAAGUACAACAUAGAACUGAACUUUGAGUUUUAUCGACAUUGCGUUUAUUUAUUUUUUGCACGCGAAGUAGCAUAAAAUAUUACCACUUGACGUUGACGCCCUCCUAAUGUUUGCCAGCAAUAAAAAAUCGAAAAACAGCAAGCUGGUCGUUUUUUCGAAGGAAUGGUGCCCCUUUUGCCGUAAAGCCAAGGAUACGCUGCAGACGAUCCUCGACAGCGACACCACGAAGUACAAAGUCCUGGAACUUGAGUCUGUGGACCGACGGUCGCUGGUGGCCCCCCUGCAUCUGGACGACAUUCAGGACUAUUUCAAGCAGCUUGCGGGCACCCGCACCGUGCCCAAAGUUUUUCUGGAGGGAAAGUGCCUCGGCGGCGGGGACGAAAUGGUAUCCAUGGCGCGCACGGGCCAGCUGCAGGCACUGCUGAAGGAAAGCGGGCUCUUAGCUAGAAACGACGCCGGCGAAGAGCAGAAGAGCGGGAACGGGGGCGCGGGGCAGGUGAAGGCGGCGGCAGGAGGGCAGAAUGUCCGCUAUUUUCGGAACGGGGCAAAAGUGGAGAGACCCAUUGAAGGGCUUUCAGCAUUUGCGGCGGCCUCGAAAUGAUCUAUCAAAUGAACAAUCUUCGAAUGCACCAGCGCCAAGUAGCAGCUCCCUGUAGCACUACUGCGGUAGAGAUUGAACAAAAGGAAAAGCUCAAAGUGGUAGAUUGCGUGAGAUUGUAUAUCCACAAUGGAACGUUUCACCGCAUGUUGAGCCACGACCUGGGUGGUGGUGCUGGCGG